AUGCCCGCCUGGUAUAACCCGCAAGCUGUCUGUACUUAUCAUUCGGGGGCACCUGGACACUCGACUUUGGAUUGUAAAGCUCUUAAGCAUAAAAUUCAAGAUAUGGUUGAAGCUGGGGAAAUUGUAAUUAGGAGAAGGGAGGCGCAAGGACCGAACGUAAAUAGAAACCCUUUACCGGAACAUGCCAAUAUCAUUGGGGUUAUUAUGGAUGAUACGGAGUACGUGGAACAAGUCAAAAGGUUGGCGAGGGAAGCUGAAGUGUUAGGGAUCACGGAUCAGCCAUUUGUCAUAGAAUUGCCAUUUGAAGAGGAUGAAAAGCCUUUUAUCUUGGAUCUCACGCCAGCUGAGAGGGAGUCUUUGAAGCCCGUAGUCAUUGAAUUCCCGAAGCAAGAGCCUGUUUUAAGUCUGCAACAAGUGCCAUGGAAUUAUGAUGAACCUGACGUACAGAUUGGGGAGAAAUCAAUUGCAAAGAAGGAAGUGUCAGUGGUUACCAGAUCGGGGAAGAUUGCAAGUCCAUUUGAAGCUGCCAUUCCGAUUCGAGCAAACAACUCCGAGCCGCCCGUUAAACCAACAAUCACUGAGAAAGAAGCCUUGGAUUUCCUUAAGAGGCUUCAGAGAAGUGAGUACAAUGUAGUUGAGAAGCUGAGUAAGUCGCCUGCCCAGAUAUCCAUGUUGGAUCUACUCUUUUCUUCAGACACGCAUAGGGACGCACUGAUCGAAGUAUUGACUAAAGCUCGAAUUCCGAGGGACAUUUCUGUUGAUAAUUUUUCAAACGUGGUUGGGAGCGUAUUGUUCAACAAGCAAAUUGCUUUUUCUGACGAUGAAUUGCCGACGGAGGGCAUCGGACAUAAUAGGGCGUUGUACAUAACAGUGAGGUGCAACGGAAAAAUGCUGCCUAAGGUGUUAAUCGAUAAUGGAUCCGCACUGAAUAUCUGUCCUUGGAGUACCUUAGAGAAACUAGGAUUGCAAGACAUCAAGCUGAGGCCUUCAGGGACUAUUGUUAGAGGGUUUGAUGGAGCGCAGAGGGAGCCAAUAGGAGAGGCAGAUUUAGUAAUCGAGAUGGGGCCGGCCCAAUUUCAAAUAACUUGCCAAGUCAUGAACUUCCCGAGCAUUUACAAUAUCUUACUUGGAAGGCCAUGGAUUCACAAGUCGGGGGCUGUGCCGUCUUCGUUGCACCAAUUACUCAAGUUCGUGGUAAAUGACAAACUAAUCACUAUCUUUGCUGAAGAGGACUGCCUGGUGAUCACUGACUCUGGAGUUAAAGAAGAGGGUAGUCAAAGUGUUACCAUGUCCCCUCACAGCACAUCCGAUAUAGUCUCCGUAAGUUGGAUAACCACGGAGGAACAAACUCUCUCAAAGGCCUGUGUAAUGAUGGCCAGAGAAAUGAUUCGUGGAGGAUACAAAUUCGACAAGGGGUUGGGGCGUGAACUGCAAGGGAUCCUGAAGCCAGUGAAGAUAGUAGAAAAGAGGGAUACCUUCGGUUUGGGUUUCAGACCAACCGCCAAGGAUUUCAAGGAGAUGAAGGAGCGCAAGAGAGCGGAGAAAGAAGGAAGGCAAGGGGUUCUUGACAUUCCACCACUGCGUUAUACUUUCCCACGACCAGCUGAGGUGAUCAUGUCAGAAAUCAACCCAGUUGACGGAAUUGAAGCGAGUUUGGCUCAAUUGUUCGUUGGGGCAACAUUUGAAGAUAUUGUUCCGGGCGAAGCUGAAUUUCCUGACAUUCCUGAAGGAUCAAUUCUCAAUUGGACAGCCGACGAGAGUGAUAAUGAGGAAGUAUCUGAUUCGUUUGCAAAGGAUCUUGAACAAUAUGAGGAAAAACCGAAACCGAACCUGGAAGAAACAGAAAAGGUUAACAUUGGAACUGAGGAUGAAAUUAAGGAGGUACAGAUUAGUAUUCAUUUGAAUAAGAGCCAGAAAAAGGAGAUGCUCGAGUUCUUGACUAUGUUCCAGGAUGUAUUUGCGUGGUCCUAUGAUGAUAUGACUGGCAUUUCAACUGACGUGGUGGUGCACAGGUUACCCACAGACCCCUCUUUUCCACCCGUAAAGCAAAAACCCAGAAAAUUCAAACCAGAUAUAAGCCUCAAAAUAAAAGAACAAAUUGAAAAACAACUCCAAACCAACAUUAUCAUUGUUUCCCAUUACCCUAUUUGGCUUUCAAACCCAGUCCCUGUUCCAAAAAAGAGUGGAGAGGUGAGAGUUUGUGUUGACUAUAGAGACCUUAAUAAAGCCAGCCCUAAAGAUGAUUUCCCUCUACCAAAUAUUCACAUUCUCUUAGACAAUACUGCCGGACAUGAGAUUGAAUCCUUUUGCGAUUGUUUUGCUGGCUACCACCAAAUUUUGAUGGCAGAAGAAGAUAGGGAGAAAACUGCUUUCAUUACCCCUUGGGGUACCUUUUGCUACCGAGUCAUGCCUUUCGGUUUAAAGAAUGCUGGAGCAACGUAUCAGAGGACCAUGACAACCCUAUUUCAUGAUAUGAUCCACCGGGAGAUGGAGGUCUACGUGGAUGACAUCAUAAUCAAGUCUAAAAGGACGGAGGACCACUUGGAUGAUUUGAGGAAGCUAUUUGAAAGGCUGCGAAAAUACAAUUUGAAGUUAAAUCCUGCGAAAUGCGCCUUUGGGGCACCAGCUGGUAAAUCGUUGGGUUUCAUCGUGAGCAAGAGAGGCAUAGAGAUAGAUCCGGCAAAAAUCAAAGCCAUUCGAGAUAUGCCAGUGCCAAAGACUCAGAAAGACGUGAAAAGCUUCUUAGGAAAGAUCAACUUUAUUGGGAGGUUCAUUGCCCAAUUAACGGCCACAUGUGAGCCGUUGUUCAAAUUAUUAAGAAAGAAUGUGCCGUUGUACUGGAAUGAGGAGUGUCAACAGGCUUUCGACAAGAUUAAAGAUUAUUUGCUGCAGCCUCCGGUCCUGGUGCCACCCAAACCGGGCCGACCGCUGAUCAUGUACUUAUCUGUGCUCGACGGAGCCGUAGGUUGCGUUCUCGGGCAACACGAUGACUCUGGAAGGAAAGAACAGGCCAUUUACUACCUAAGCAAGAAGUUCACGCAGUACGAGGCUAAUUAUUCAUUCAUCGAGAAGAGCUGCUGUGCAUUGGCCUGGGCGGCUCAAAAGCUGAGACAUUACCUGUUGAGCCAUACCACUUAUCUUAUUUCCCGAUCUGAUCCUUUGAAGUAUCUUUUGGAGAAGCCGAUGUUGACUGGGCAUCUAGCUAAGUGGCAGAUAGUUCUCUCAGAGUUCGAUAUUGUUUUCACUUCUCAGAAGGCCGUCAAGGGGCAAGCUAUAGCUGAUCAUUUGGCAGAAAAUCCGAGGGAUGAUGACUAUCAACCACUUCACACCUAUUUCCCUGAUGAAAAGAUCUUAUUUGUAGGCGCCACGGACGAUAUAAGUGAGCAGAGCCCUGAAUGGAGGCUUUUCUUCGACGGAGCUUCAAAUUCGCUCGGAGCUGGAAUUGGAGCCGUUCUGGUUUCGCCUGAAGGAAAACACUACCCUGCCGCUGCCAAAUUGCAAUUUGCUUGCACAAACAACAUGGCUGAGUAUGAAGCCUGCAUUUUUGGUCUCAAAAUGGCUUUGGAAAUGGAGAUCAAGGAGUUGGUAGCUUUCAGUGACUCCGAUUUACUCGUGCACCAAAUGAAGCAGUGGAUAACCAAAGAUUCAAAAAUUCUGUAUCCAGAUGAGUUGAAGAUCGAACCGAUCCAGAUUCAAUUUCAAGACAAACCUGCUCACUGUUGGGCUGUAGACAAGUCCUCUGACAAAGUUCCUUGGUAUAAUGAUAUUAAGGAGUUUCUCAAAACUGGGUCUUACCCUCUGCAUGCUGGUACAAAAGACAAGAGUUUUCUGCGUAGAAUGGCUUCCAAAUUUUUCUUAAAUGGUGAAGUGUUGUACAAAAGAACCUCUGAUUUGAACCUUUUAAGGUGCGUUGAUGAAGAUGAAGCUCAGUAUAUGAUGAAAGAAGUGCAUAGUGGCGUUUGUGGACCUCACAUGAAUGGCCAUUUGCUAGCGAAGAAAAUCAUGAGAACCGGAUACUUCUGGCUUACUAUGGAGCAUGAUUGUAUAGACUUUGUCCGGAGAUGUAUAAAAUGCCAAAUGCACGGUGACAUUAUACGCGCUCCACCCACUGAGUUGCAUAGCAUGACUGCCCCGUGGCCCUGUUCAAUGUGGGGUAUGGACGUGAUUGGUACAAUCGAUCCUCCUGCUUCAAAUGGGCAUCGAUUUAUAUUGGUGGCGAUUGAGUACUUUACUAAAUGGGUUGAGGCGGAAUCAUUCAAACAUGUGACGAAGAAGGUAGUUGCCAAUUUCUUGAGAGAUCACAUCAUCUGUCGAUUUGGGGUGCCUGAAACGCUUAUCACUGACAAUGCCAAAAAUCUGAACAAUGACAUGGUGGAUGGACUAUGCGAGCAAUUCAAGAUCAGACACCGCAACUCCGCCAUUUAUAGGCCUCAGAUGAACGGAGCCGUAGAAGCCACGAACAAGAAUUUGAAAAAGAUUAUCCGCAAAAUGACUGAAAGGCAUCGCGAUUGGCAUGAAAAGUUGCCUUAUGCACUGAUGGCGUACCGGACUUCUAUUCGGACAUCAACUGGGGCAACACCUUAUUCACUAAUGUAUGGAAUGGAAGCUGUAUUACCAGCCGAAGUUGAAAUUCCUUCGUUGCGAAUCCUUAUGGAGGCUAAAUUGGAGGAGGCUGACUGGAUAAAGCAGCGCCAUGAGCAAUUGACGUUGAUCGAUGAAAGGCGAUUCAACGCUAUCUGUCAUGGUCAGUGUUAUCAAAAGCGUGUGGCCCGGGCUUACAACAAAAAGGUCCAUCGGCGGGCAUUUGAAGAAGGUGACAAAGUGCUAAAGCGAAUUUUGUCGAUGCAAGAUGAAGCUAAAGGCAAAUUUGCUCCAAACUGGCAAGGGCCGUUCAUUGUCCAAAAGGUAUUACCUGGCGGAGCUCUUAUUUUAGCAGAAAUGGAUGGACGAGCAUUCCCUCAACCCAUCAACUCAGAUAUGUGCAAAAAG